AUGUACAAGGAAGAAGCAUUGAAGAAGCCAGUCAUGUCACAUCCUUCUGUGCGAAUGGUAAGAAAUUAUACUGAAUGUGCCUGUGUCCAAAGCCGCCAAGUUAUCACUCCACCAACUGUGGGACAGCGCGGUCAGCUCAGGGUGGUUAUUGUCAAAACAUACCUGAAUGAGAAUGGCUAUGCUGUUUCCGGGAAGUGUGAUCGGACCUGCAGUACACUUAUCCCAUUCCUAAUAUUUCUGUUCAUAGUUACCCUUAUAACAGCAUGUGCCCAGCCAUCGGCAAUCAUAGUGACACUCAGGUCUGUGGAAGAUGGUGAGCGGCCUUUUGCACUAGGAAUGCAAUUUGUUUUAUUACGAACUCUUGCUUACAUUCCUACUCCAAUUUAUUUUGGGGCUGUUAUUGACACCACGUGCAUGCUUUGGCAACAGGAUUGUGGUGUGCAAGGAUCUUGUUGGGAAUACGAUGUAACUUCAUUUCGCUUCGUUUACUUUGGAUUGGCAGCUGGUCUCAAAUUUGUGGGAUUCUUUUUUAUUUUUCUGGCCUGGUAUUCCAUUAAAUAUAAAGAAGAUCAGCUGCAGAGGCAGAGAUGGAGGGCCUCACCUGUAAACACAGUGAGCGAGAUGGUUGGCAAUGCUGGACCCCAACAAAACUAUGCCCGGACUAGAUCCUGCCCUACUUUCAGUGCUCGAGGGGAGCACACUGAAGAUGUCUGUCUGGUACGAGGAAUGAAUUACAUAGCACAAACAUAUCCUGGUCCCUUUUCAGAAGCAAUAAAUUCCUCAACUGAAAAUGCAUUGGAGGAAGUCACUGCUGAAAUAUAGACCCCAGGCUAGAAAAUGUAAAAUUCAGUUUUGCUGGUUGAUUUAAAUAUGGCGCCUUGUGAAACACCCGUGCCUUCUUUUUUAAUCUGCACGUCACAUGAUAAUCCAACAAAACUUAAAGCAAACAUCAAUAGCAUACUUGAGGGCUGGAUACCUCGAAAUGACCCAAGUUCUUAUUUCUCCCCCUCCAGAUAAUGGAGUUUUAAAAAUAUGUGUUUGUAAUUACUUCAGUCCAUGCUCUGAUCUAGUUAUCAAAAUUAGGGUGAGGUAUUCUAAAUGGCGGUAAUCAAUGGAAGGGUGACAGAAAUGCAUCUCAUUGAUGCUAAGACUUUAAGAAAAAGUUUAAAGGGAUCAUCAACUUUGCAUCCACGAAUCAUGUUUCAUAGAGAUGAGUAAUUACUGUGAGUUCUGCUACAAAGCACAACUGAGUGUGUCUAAACUAUGCAACUUAUCUGGAUAAUUGUUGAUGCAGCAUGUUAAUUUUGCUUUCAAAGUCUUUAAUCCAACUGAACUUGAAUGGGGCUAUUUUAAGACAGAUAUAAGAUUUAAAAAUGGACACAACUGUUUAAAGUACUGUUGAUAACAUAUUAAGCCAUAGAAAAGUUAUAUAGAAGGUAAAGUUUUCAAAUUCUAAGACAUCGUAUCCUUACCCUAUUAAAAUGUACAUUUAUUUUAAUUUGAUAG